AUGGCAGCGGACAUAGGCUUGGCACUGCAAAGGACCUAUGCAGCGCUAUUGGUCCUACGAAUGGUCCAAGCCUUUGGAUGCAGCGCUGCUAUUGCUCUGUCGAACGCUGUAGUGGCAGAUAUUGCUACUUCAGCAGAGCGAGGGAAAUACAUGGGCUAUGCUACUGCAGGCCUCCUUUUCGGACCGGCUUUUGGGCCCACCAUCGGAGGUCUCUUCGCACAAUUUCUUGGUUGGAGGUCCACGUUCUGGUUCCUGGCCAUCUUUGCUGGUGUGUUGAUCAUCAUAUUCGGACUCUUGUUCCCAGAGACCUGUCGAAAUGUCGUUGGCAACGGGUCUAUUCCAGCGAAAGGCGUCAACUGCUCGAUUCUCGGCCACAUGCAGCAGCAGAAGUACGCGAAAGAUCAUCCGGAAGCACCGAAUGGUGAUAUAGCCUCGCUUGGUCGGCGGAGGGGAGGUUUCCCGAACCCUCUCAGAACCUUGAAGAUUCUUGGUGAUCCUGUCAGCUGUGUUAUCCUCCUGUACAAUGGCCUCUUCUUCACGGGUAUGAUGGUUGUGACGGGAGCUAUGCCAACCCUAUACGCCGAUGUGUACGGAUUGGACACACUCGAGAUUGGAUUGUGUUACAUUACAAAUGGCAUGAGCUCGCUGCUUUCGACCUUGACUAUGGGUCACGUCGCGGACUGGAACUUCAAGCGCCAUAGCAAACGCCUCGGUUAUGACAUCAAGAAAGGCAGACAGCAGGACCUGAGCGGCUUUCCCAUUGAGAGGGCGAGGUCCGAGGUCUUGAUUCCAGGGCACAUCAUCGGAACACUAGCGAUCAUCGUCUUUGGCUGGACACUCAACUACGGCACUUCACUGGCAGAGCCUGAGGUGGCUUUAUUCUUCAUUGGCUUUGGCAUUUCGACAUCAUUCAACCUUACUAACACGUUGUUGAUCGACAUACACAAGGACCAACCUGCAACAGCGACGGCGGCAGUGAAUUUUGUGAGAUGUCUGAUGAGCGCCGGGAGAGCUGCUGCGGUUAUCCCAAUGACCCAAGCCAUGGGCAUCGGUUGGGCAUUCACUUUCCUAGCAUUUGUUUACUGUGCGUUGUUGGGUGUUGUCUUCUGGAUGAUGAGCAACGGUCCGAGACUUAGAGCAAAGGCAACGGAGAAGAAGAAGGUAAAGGACGAGCGUGCUGCUGCUGAAGCCAGAUUAGCUGAUGUGGAGAACGUGGCCACGACUGACGAUAGAAGCGAGAAGGAGGAAUUUGAAGAUGACACGAAAAGAUAG